AUGUCAAAAUGUAAAUAUUUUUAUAACCUCAAAACACUUAAGUUUAAAUCAAAAGAUAUUCAGAGCAGUAAAUUACUUCAUUUUCAAUUUCUAAAGGAAUAUCACGAUAAAACCAGUGCAACUGUUGACACGAAUUACUUCAGCACAAUCAAAACCAACAAAACUACUUUAGCAUUCAUAGUAAAUCAUCUCAACACAAAUAAUAACGAAAUUCACGUUGAGUCAUUUGGAAUUCAUACUGGAUCUUUAGAAAUGCAAUUGAUCGAUUUAAAAAGUAAAGCUUUGUGGAGGGGAAAUUUAUUGAAUUGGAGGGGAAUUGAAAAGCAAGUCGGAAGAGUUGGAAGUCCAGAAAUGUAUGUACGUAACGCAAAAAAAUGGUCAGAUUUGAAAGAAAUGCCGUGA